AUGGAUUUGCUGUCUGAUUCGAUCCCAACUCAGACUGAAAAGCUUGAGUUGUCGCAGAGACUGACUCAGGACUCAUCCAGUUCUCUUGAUGCGACUCGGAUUUCUACUCCACUGACAGUCGAUGUUCAAACUCUUAUUGCUCGCAUCAUGCAUGCAUCUAUCAACAACUAUUGCAUGAAACGAGAGCUGCAAGAUGCUACUGCUACUUCAAAUAACACUGAUCGUUCUACUUUGGAUACAGACUCACAUCCCAGCAAUCCAAGUAUCGUUUCUCUGCAUAUGUGGAAAUCUUCUUUGCUCUCAGACAUAGACUUGUAUAUGAAACCAUCUAUUACAAAGCCACCAAUGCAUGAUGAACAGGAUAUAUCCAUCUUGUUUGCUCAGUUGCUUCCAUGUACAAUUGCAUACAUGGACUCUCUCAAGAAUCUUGAGUCAUCUUUGGUAAAAUCUUCAGAACUCUCAGCACCAAACGAUGCUUCGACAACUACUGACGACCCUGUGCAGCUGAUCCCUACAUUGAUUGCACAGUUUAUGCUUGCUACAUUCGUACCCAACACUGACCCAACUUUGAAGUCUUUAUCAGAUAAACAGCUGUGUUACGAUGCUCGUUUAAGAGCAAUUCUUCGCCAGCUUUCUUAUAGAAUGAUCGAGUCUUUGGCACUCACUCCGAUCAAAUCUACCGAAAUAUCAAAAUUGGCUGCUCUAUAUAUGAGCGAUGCUGAAAGGCAGGUUUCAUUAAUACUUUGUGCUAAAACAUUCCACCCGUCAAAUCAACAAACGGAUGAAACCUCGGAUGCUGCCAUGAGAAAUGCUAGUGCGAAGCGAAUUGCAAAGUUUAAAAAAUGGGCUGGGAUCGGUGCUGCCACUGUUGCCGGCGGUAUACUGGUUGGUGUGACUGGAGGUCUUGCUGCACCAUUGAUCGGUGCUGGACUUGGAACAAUAUUUACAGGAGUUGGUUUGGCUGGAGCUUCUGCCACUGUUGCUGGAAUGGGAACCAUUGCUGGCGCUGCUAUUGUUGGAUCUCUAUUUGGAGUUACUGGCGGUGGUCUUGCAGCAUACAAACUCAACAAUAGACUCAAGGAUAUACAAGAGUUUUACUUUACACAAAUCAGUGACGAAGAUUUCUCGGGUGCAGUUCCACUUUCAUACGUGAUCGCUAUUGCAGGAUGGAUUAAUACUCCCGAAGACGCGAUUGAACCUUGGCACGAUCUAACCAUCAUCUCUCCCUUUUCUCCCAUCAAUGCAUUGACAUUUGAAACUCACCAUUUGAUAUCACUCACCAAUUCUGCCAAAAACUUUCUUGCACAGACUGCAGUUGUUACAACUGCUACGCAGGCAAUGCAGUUUACGAUUUUGGGUGGCUUGGUAGGUGCAGUGGUUUGGCCAGUUGGUCUACUUCAGUGUGCAUGGGUGGUAGAUAACCCAUGGAGCAUGGCAUUGGUAAAAAGUGAGCAGGCUGGAAGACUGCUUGCACAAGAUAUUCUUGGAUCCUACAUGGCUGGAAAACGCAGUGUUAAUCUUGUUGGGUUUGGUGUGGGUGCACGUGUAAUUAUUUAUUGUCUUUUGGAACUCGUCGAGAUGGCCAAACACAGCGACACUAUCACCGGAAAGGGAGAUUUAUUUGGAAUUGUCGAUAGUGUGUAUAUUGCUGGAACAGCCGUGGCAAUGCCAGUAGCUUCAUGGGAGAGUAUUCGAUGCAUGGUUGCCGGCAGAUUUGUUAAUGCAUAUAGUUCCAAUGACUGGUUCCUUGGCUUUUUAAACCGUAUGUCCAUUAAUGCGGUUGCUGGUAUUGGUCCUAUUUCAUCAGAUAUGUUUGAAAACGUAGAUGUCUCGGACAUCAUUGAUGCACACAAGACAUAUAAUACCGCCAUGUAUCGAGUUCUUGAAAAAAUGAAAUUUGAGCAGCAUGUAUCUGCCUAG